GUUUGUGUGUUUGUUCGUGUGUUUGUUCGUGUGUUUGUUCGUGUGUUCGUGUGUUAUUCAUGAACAAUCUUAUUCUUAUCCAUCCGGCAACUUGCGGCAAGGCAAGACAAGGCUAAUUGGUAAUGAACCGCCGCUUUGCAUUCUUCUUCGGUUAAUCCUCGAAUACCGACCAGGGCGUUAUUCAUCUACUGUAGGUAGUAGGUACCUUGCUAUUAUUUGAAGAUCGUAUUCCUCUCACUCCCAUACACCAUACAUCAUCGAGAGAUACCGACCGACCGACCGACCGACCUACCCACCCAGUAAUAAAUGUACCACAGAUCCGUACAACUCUCUUUCAUCACACGUUCAACCUAAAAUCCCCUGAAAAGGUUACCAACCUCUCCACUCUUCACUCUCGACCAAUCGCCCACCUCCACCCUGUCCUCCAUCCAUCACACAUCAACACAUCAUGUAUUCCAUCGCACCCUCUCCCAUCCCCACCCUUUCAUCAGACCCAGUGACCUCCACCCCACCAGACACUUCCGCUCCAUCAAUCUUCCGCUACAUCAUCGGCUUCCUCCUCAUCGGUGUCGCCUGGGGCUUCACCACCCCAUUCAUCCGAGCCGCCGCCCGAACUCACCAACCGCCGUCUCACCCCAUUCUCUCAUCCCCCUCGGUUACCAAAUCUUUCGUCAAAUCGAAGCUCUAUGGCGCUUUCUUUGGAGUGGUGGAUCUUCUGAGAAAUCCUAGAUAUGCGAUUCCAUUGCUGAUCAAUUUGACGGGGAGUAUUUGGUUUUUCUUGUUAAUCGGCCAGGCUGAACUCUCCCUAACCGUCCCCAUUACAAAUUCUCUGGCUUUUCUCUUCACAGUAUUAGGAGAGUGGUGGGUGGAAAGAAAAGUGAUCAGUCGCGGUAAUUCCCCUCAUCCCUUGCCCUUACAUCCCUUCCCCAUCACUGCUGUUGAUCGGAGUAGAUAG